UAUUUUUGGACGCCUUUUGCGAGAAUUUGCAGUAGACUUACGCCAGUAAAACACGCCUGCAAUAUUUCCGAAGUCACAGCCUGCCAAGAAGUAUGUAAUUGAAGGUUGCGCAGCUGCUGUGCGGUUUCAUGUAUUCAACUUGCGACUUGCACAUGUACUUUACAGGCUGCAAUACCCUAGCCCCGUGUAGUUCUCGAACAGAGCCUCAAUCUCACUAUGGCCUUCCAGCUGGCCGUCAAAUUCCUGGGAUCGUUGAGCACUCACCGUAUCAUUUCCCUCGCAUUGGGAGGUCUUUAGUGUGCCAAUACUGCAGUUUCAGCUCCAUAACGAGAUGGGGCAAUGGUCAUCUUCCCUUAUUAACCUAGUGUAUCGAGCUACGUUGCAACUUGGUCCUCCAGGCCAUUCUCUUCGAUACUUGUUUCUCAGCAAUCUCACCCUCAACCUUCAGGACAGAUUCCGGCAGUGGGGCAUCAUGUCAGACCCUGAUGAGGCUAUUGAGCUUCAUCGGGCUGCAUUACUCCUCCGCCCAGUCGGCCAUACUGAACAAUCCUCGUCUCUGAACAAUCUUACUAUCGGCCUUCAACACAGAUUCCAGCAGCGGGGCAUCAUGUCUGACCUUGAUGAGGUCACUGAGCUCCAUAGGGCUGUAUUACUCCUCCGUCCACCCGGUCGUUCAGAUCGAUCCAAGUUUCUGAACAAUCUUGCUGCCAGCCUGGAAGACAAAUUCCGGCAGCGGGGCAUCAUGUCUGACCUUGAGGAGAUCAUUGAGCUCAAUCGUGCUGUAUUACUCCUCCGUCCUCCCGGUCAUUCAGAUCGAUCCAAGUCUCUGAACAAUCUUGCUGCCAGCCUGGGAGACAAAUUCCGGCAGCGGGGCAUCAUGUCCGACCUUGAGGAGAUCAUUGAGCUCAAUCGUGCUGUAUUACUCCUCCGUCCUCCCGGUCAUUCAGAACGAUUCUCAUCUCUGAACAAUCUUGCACUCAGCCUUCAAGACAGAUUCCGGCAUCGGGGCAUCAUGUCCGACCUUGAUGAGGCCAUCGAGCUCAAUCGUGCUGCAUUACUCCUCUGUCCCCCUGGUCAUUCCGAUCGAUCCAUGUCUCUGAACAGUCUUGCAAACUGCCUUCGAGACAGAUUCCUGCAGCGGGGCAUCAUGUCUGACAUUGAUGAGGCCAUCGAGCUCCAUCAUGCUACAUUACUCCUACUUCCCCCUGGUCAUUCAGAUCGAUUCAAGUCUCUGAACAAUCUUGCACUCCACCUUCGAGACAGAUUCCUGCAGCGGGACAUCAUGUCUGACAUUGAUGAGGCCAUCGAGCUCCAUCGGGCUGCAUUACUCCUCUGUCCCCCCGGUCAUUCAGAUCGAUCCAUGUCUCUGAAAAAUCUUGUACUCUGCCUUGGAGACAGAUUCAAGCAGCAGGGCAUCAUGUCUGACCUUGAUGAGGCCAUCGAGCUCCAUCAUGCCGCAUUACUACUCCGUCCCCCCGACCAUUCAGAUCGAUCCUCGUCUCUGAACAAUCUUGCACUUGACCUUCGACACAGAUUCCUGCAGCAGAGCAUCACAUCUGACCUUGAUGAGGCCAUCUAGCUCAAUCGUGCCGCAUUACUCCUACUUCCCCCAGACCAGUCUUCGUAAAUCUGACAAUUGACCAUGCAAUGGGAUGGUGUCAUCACACGCAUUCGCAUGCUUCCUGACUUCUCACGUUUUCUCCUGCCUCCAU